CGUGUCCCGGCAGUUUCAGUACGACGAUAGAUCUUGAUCAGUUCGAAUGUAGCUUCAGUGCUGAGAGGGCCUUUCACGAAUUUCCGAGCUUCAAAUUAGGGUAACGAGCGAUAAUAUGCCUUUUGGAGUAUAAUUUAUUUGAAGUAGGUCAUAGCAGGGUUAGCAGACAAGUGCAGUUGGAUGAAGAGACGAACGAUCCGUGUAUUUGAAAAAUUGUGAAUGAUAGUUUGAAUCGGUUCCUAAGGACCUAGUGACCUACUAAGAUGAACGUCAACGUGUGUGUGAUAUUUCUAGUGAUAUUCUCGAUCAGUGGAAGCGCUUACACUACCCAACGAUCGAACGUACGGGAGGAUGAGGGCAGUCCAUUCCUGGAUAUGGCAUCUGAGUUCCUGCAGUCGUUGGGAAAUCAAAAUGGAGGUGGUGGAGGCAACGCCGCAGCUGGACUGUCCGGAAUUGCUUCCAUGUUACUCCCGUUAAUGGCGAAUGCCAACGCAGGUGGUUCGGGAAAGGCAAAUAACGAUGGCGUUGGAGCGGUUUUGUCCGGAAUAGGUAGUCUCUUGGCAAACUCGAAUGGAGCUAAUGGAGCAGGCGGCGGCUUUGACCCUGCCAUCAUUGGGAAUGUGAUUCAAUUGUUCGCCAGUGGUAAUGAUGAUCAACCUCAAAAAAGGGUUGGUAAACGGCAGAAACGACAAAAAGGUAACGAGGAAGGCAACCCAAUUCUGGAUACGGUUUUGACCGUAGCCCAAACGUGGCUUGCCAACUAUAACAACGUUGAUAGCGAUGACGACCGUGAGCCUCAACAUCCGGGAAUUAACGGUGACACAAUCGCCAACUUGCUGCCGCUUGCGAUACAAGCUUUUCAAUCGUUCAGUGGUCCAGAGAUGGAAAAAACCCAGGAGAAACAUAAGGACCACUCGUGGGUGUUGCCUCCUUUCCUAGAGCACAUCCACGUCAUGUGGGAUCAGUUCAUGCAGUCAGAGUUGGCUCAAGCGAUCUGGACGAAGAUUGGGCUCGAUAAAGUAUUCAAGGGAUUUGUUGGCCGUGACGGAAAACUGGAUUACGACAAGUUGUUCGAAACGCUGCAGAACCAAUCGUUUCGUCGGCGGUGGAUUAAAGCAGCCACAAUCUAUCUGGCGGACUGGGCCAACUACAUUGCGAACCCGGAGGUCUAUCAGAGAUACGUUGCAACCGGGCAGCUGAUGGCAAACGGUUUCCUCCAGUCGCGGGGCUAUCCGAAGCAAACCAUGCUGGACAUCAACCGGCCCAGCGAGACGAUUUCCAACCUGAUCGAUCACAUUGCCAAGAAGCACCUUCAGGUGAAGAUUGUUUCGGUGACGUACGUGAAACCGGCGGUCAACUACGUUAAAGAUCUGCUCAAGCUAGGCAAAGCGAAACAAUUCCUGCAACAGUAUAACGCUACCGAACUGACAGAUAAGCUGACCGAUACGCUAAAUCUGGAGGUAAUUGAACCGGUGCUGAAAGUUCACCGCGCGUACCGGCAAGCUAUCCAAACCCCGCACUGUGAUAAGUAUAUUCUGUGUGAAAUUAAUUCGCAUGAUCCGAACGAAAAGCUAGGACUGGGCGGUUUCAAGCGGGGAGUGACGCGUUUCGGAAGCAUGGCCGCAUCGUGGUUCAUCAGUCAGGAAACUCAAACCCCCUUCUGGACACUGUUUGCCAUCAUCAACGAUCCGCACAACUGUCAGGCGAAGCAUCAGGUCGACUGCUCCGAGUUCCACGAGAAUGAAAACAGGGUGACCACAGAGUAUCCUCACAGUGAACUGUAAGAGAGGAUGUUGUUGAACAAAAAAUAAGUGAUUGUUGUAAGAAAAAGGCAGAAAAUCGGGUGAUCUUCCAGAAAAAUUUCGCAAUACACAGUGGUGAAUAUGGAAACUAUUCACUGAGGUUUGAAAUUUACAUUUGAUUAGUACAAAUAAUCACUGGCGGUGUAAUCGAGCCCACAAACAGAGCGGAAGCUCGAAGUAGUGGCGUUGCGUAGUAGCAGCAUGUAGAAAAGCACAACUUAAAACGUGUUGAUUAACGUAACGGUAGCUUGCCUUUUUUUUUCCAGGUAAUUGGUAAGAAAAAUUUACAGUGCAUUUUCACAUUGGAUGUGAAUUUCAAACAACCUCAAUGAUGUUCGGAUGAGUAGAAGAUCACAUUCAAAAAUAGAAAAAAUCCAAUAAAAAAGAAGUAAUUAAAAAUCA